AUGGCGCCGGCGCCGGUGCGGGCGCCAAUCAGCGACUGCAAUGUCCUGUUGGGCAGCACGAAUUUCCUGAAAACUCCCGAGGGGAAGCUCUUGCAGAUCGGCCUCCAAGUCAUCUUCACCACCUUCUUGUUCCUCUUACUAGUCAUCUUUGGCUCGUGGCGACGUCGCUGCAACGGGGAGAAGUUCCGCCUCUUCAUUUUCACGGCCUACAAUCUCUCAACCUUAUUACUCACCUACUCUCUAAGCCUGAUGCACAAUGCUUCGUGUCGCAACAAUUUAUUCCCCAUUUGGGCAAUGCUCCUGAUGAUUGCCUUCGGGAGCAUUGAUUCUAUCUCCGCAUACGGUCUUGACGACAACGAGCAGUGGAAGAGAAAUAAUUGGCAGCUCCUGACUAAAUUUAUUUGGUUGGUCUGGUUGGUAGACUUGUACUUUAGUGAUAAGUCCGAGGUGGGGGUCACGGCCGGGUGCCUCGGCUUUGUCUUGUCCAUGAAGUUCAUUGAGAGGGCUCGGGCCAUGAUGUCAGCGAGUCGGCGUUCUUUGGAGGAAAAUGUGGAACUUGUUGCUGAUUAUAUGAUGAAUGAGCACGAAGGACGGGGCUCUUUCAGUGAACCCGAUCCAGUUACCAUGAGAGGGUAUAAUUAUUUGGUGAUGGGUGAUGAGGGGAGAUGGGGGAAUUGCUUUGUUUUUGCCAUGCGAUUCGUCAAGAGGUGUCUCGGGAUAAGGGAGGCGACGUGGGGGGUACCGAACGACCAGAUGACAAAUGACGAAGUGAUCACCAUUAAAAAGGCAGGCUACUCAUUGCCCCAAGAGGCUCACGAGAAGACAUGGAAUUUGAUUCUCCAUGGAUUGCUCUCAGAUAGAGACGGAUACAAGCGAGCGUUUCGAAUCGUUGAGGUCGAGCUCACGUUCCUUUACGAUUUUUUCUACACCAAGUACAGUAUCAUAUUCCACCCUGGUUAUUGGACAACCAAAUUGAUGGAGUUAAUGGGCAUUGCCAUUGGCAUCGGGGCUAUGACAUCACUCUUGAAGUAUCAUCAGAGAGGUAACAGUAGUAACUGUCCACUCACCACUAUGCCAAAUGGGUUGAGUGUUGACAUAUUCGUUACCAGCGUGAUGAUAACCUCGUUCAUCGUCAUGGAGCUCAUUCAAUAUUUUUUCAUGAGUUUCUCGGAAUGGGCCAAAGUGAUAUGGAUAUGCCAAUAUGUGCGGAAGGAGUCAUGGCAAAAGAGUGCGCAGAUUGAGAGUAUGAUCAAAUGGAUAUGUGGGGUCUGGUUGUUGAAGCCUUGGGAGCGAAAGCUUCAUCAGUACUCAUUUCUCGACUCGUACUUCUAUAAACCUUCUAGGUUAUUGAACAACCGGAUUAUGGCGGCCUUCAUUGAUCAAACUAGGGAUGGCCAGAGACAGAGCCCGCCGAUCCAAUUGUCUGAAGAAGUGAAGCAAGCGGUGUUUCAUGCUCUGAGGUUGAAUAACAGUUUUUAUUUGGAGAAUGGAUGUGGCUCACUGAGAUUGAACAAUCACUUCGAUAUGCUGUCGUGGGCGUGUCAUCUGGAGACAGAGACUCAAGUCAUCAUGGUGUGGCACAUUGCUACUAGCUUCUGUGAGCAUCGAUUACCUAUAAGAUUAGACUUGCCCAAAAUGAAGGAUUUUCGAGUGGCAACUACCUUGUCCAAAUAUUUGGCUUACUUUGUUGCUUUCGCUCCACAGCUACUACCAGAUCGCCCUUUAUUUGCGGAGCAUGAGUUCAAUCAAGCAAUCAUCCAAGCCAGGGUGUUCUUUGGGAGAUGCAAAACAAUGGUGGACCGGAUUAAGAAGAUGGAGGAAGUGCCGGGUGGCCAUUCUGCGCAUGAAGGAACUAUAAUUGAGUUGGGUUCUCGGCUUGGGUAUUCACUAGUAAAUGAUAUAGGAGAUGAGGACAAUAUUUGGAAGAUUCUGGCUGACUUUUGGGUGGAACUUGUGUUGUACGUGGCCCCUUCGGAUAAUGCGAAAGCACACGUGGAGCAUUUGGCAAGAGGAGGCGAGUUUGUGACUCAUUUGUGGGCUUUGCUCUCUCACGCAGGAAUCGAGAGAAAAAAGCCUCCUACUGAGCCACAUAAUGCACUAGAGAGAAGCAACAGCUUCUGA